AUGGUGGGCGAGAAGAGCACAACGACAAAGAAGCAGAUCAAAAAGUUCGCUCGUGAUAUACUCGCUGCCGGAAGUGCUGCUACCAUCUCGAAAACAGCUGUCGCUCCGUUGGAACGGGUGAAAAUCCUGCUGCAGGUCCAAUACUCGCACAAAGACAUCAAGCAAGGGCAGCGCUACAAGGGAAUCCUCGAUGCUUUGGUACGGGUGCCGAGAGAACAGCGAUUUUGGUCUUUAUGGAGAGGCAAUGCUGUCAAUGUUGUUAGAUACGUGCCCACCCAAGCCCUGAACUUUGCCUUCCAUGGGUAUUACAGCAGCCAUUUCUUGAAGGGGAUCGAUAAGGAGGACCAAUUCUGGCGUUACGUUGGCUUGAAUAUGAUGUCCGGCGGAUGCGCUGGAGCGACAGCGAUGGCCGUUUCGUACCCACUUGACGUGGUGCGACUUCGGUUGAGCUCGGAUGUGGGGCGAGACGUGAAUAAUCGUCAGUACAAGGGCGCCCUGGAUUGCUGCAGAAAGACAUUCCGAGAAGGCGGGCUCCGAGCUCUCUACCGCGGGUUUUUCGUGUCAACGCCAGUGUAUUUUGUCUACCGUGCGAUCUAUUUUGGGGCCAACGAUGCUAUCCGCCAUCUGUACCACCGUGAUUCGAGGAAGAUCAACUUUUUGAGCACCUAUCUCAUAGCUCAGUCGGUCUCGAUAGCCUCCUCGCUAGUGGUCUACCCUUGGGAUACCGUCCGGAACCGAAUGCUCAUCAAGGGCGAACUCGGCUCGAGCAGCGCUUGGACCGGCGUUAAGAAAGUCUACGUGAAGGAGGGUUGGCGCGGAUUCUACAAGGGAGCCCUGGCCAACUCGUUCCGUACCUGCGGCGGCGCCCUCGUCCUCACCUUCUAUCACGAAUUUGAGAAAUACUUU